UAUAUAUGUUUUGCUUUAAAACAAAGUCCCUGGAUAAAUUUGAGUUAAGAAAUCCACAUUCUUCCUACCUACUUUUUCGGACACAUUCAUAUUUCCUCUCCCUAUGUUAUAAAACUCCCUAAUUCCCUGUCCUGAUUUCCAACCCCACAUCAUAGUUGUGAAUGGAAACAUUUUCCAGGAUGUCCAAACACUACUAUGCCAAGAAACAGGCCCUGGAAAAGACCAAAGACAUUUCCAGGCAAAAAGAGAAGCAACCUGGUGGCAAUAACUUGUUCUCCAAGCAUCUCAAGAAAAUCUAUCCCAUUGGCCUGCAGAGAACCUGUUCUGUUCUUUCUUUAUCUUCCCUCUCCUUAUCUUUGUCCCAAAACUCAACGGAUUCGUCGCUGACCGACUACUCGGCCACCCCGCUUGACCAGAAAAUAUCGAUUGCCCUCAGCCUGAUUGCUCCGCCUGACAGAAGGGAAGCUGCGCCGCCGCCGCCAGUAAAACCUCCUAAUGUUCUUGGCGAGGAAGGAACGAGACGGUGCAACUGGAUAACAAAGAACAGCGAGAGUGUUUAUGUACAGUUCCACGACGAAUGCUGGGGCGUGCCGGUCUACGACGACAGUCAGCUGUUUGAGCUUCUUGCAAUGUGUGGAAUGCUGAUGGACUUCAACUGGACCGAAAUCCUUAAACGCCGCGAGCUCCUAAGGGAAGCCUUCGCGGGAUUCGACCCCGAGCGCGCCGCGAAAAUAGGCGAAAAAGAGAUUAUUGAAAUAGCCUCCAACAAAGAACUAACCUUAUCAGAAAGCAGAGUUAGGUGCAUUGUGGAAAAUGCCAAAUGCAUAACAAAGAUUGCGGAAGAGUACGGAUCAUUCAGCAGCUACAUGUGGGAUCAGAUGAGCUACAAGGCAGUGAUCAACAGGUUCAGAUUUCCGAGAAAUGUCCCGUUGAGGAGCCCGAAGGCGGAGAUCAUCAGCAAGGAUUUGGUCCGGCGAGGGUUCCGCCUGGUCGGGCCGGUGAUCGUUUACUCGUUCAUGCAGGCUGCCGGAAUGACGAUCGACCAUUUGGUAGAUUGUUUCAGACAUGGAGAGUGUGUCAAUCUUGCAGAGAGGCCAUGGAGACAUGUCUGAAACUGAUUACUGUUAGUCGUUAGUAUUAUUUAUGUUAUGUGUGUUCUGAGGUUUUGGCUGUUUAUUUAUUUAUGUGUAAGUUCAAAUGUUUAUCUAUCUAUGUAUUUAUUGAGUUUGGAGGAGGACUGUGAUAGAGCAAAGUAGUAUUGGGGUUGCAUGUAAUAAUUUUAUUGUUAUGGUAAUAAUUUAAGUGAUAGAAUGUAA